AUGACUGAGACUCCUACAUUGGACGGUAUAUACGAUGCGUGUAAUGCAGUUGAUAGUGGCGAGUCUAAAGAUUAUUCAGUGUUCAUCGCUGGUACAAAGAGUUCUGAUGCAAAAGUGAAGAAACUAAGUGCACAAAUGAUUGUGCGAUACUGGAAGAACCUCAAUGAACAACGGAAAAACGCGUUUUCUGCUUUGACCUCUUUGCUUGUCGACCCAGAUCCCGAGAGUGCCAGUUUGCAGACAAGAAAAGCUGUAAUUCGUGAAAUGUCUCAUCUUGUCAAAAUUGGUUUAUUGGUGGAAGAGACUUCUCAUGUUCUUUCGGAAUUGCUCCAGCUGACUGAUAGAAAUGAUGAGACAACGAUGGUCAAUGACCUCCUUGUCCGUUUUCUAAAAUCUUAUCCUAAAGAAGUCUUAAGUGCUAUUUUUAAAAACAUAACCGCUUCAAAAGAAGAGCCAUAUCGUAUCUGCUUACUCAAGUUUAUAAGUGCGCAUAUCAGUGACGUAACCCCUUCUCUUUUCACUGAGGAUUUAAAGAAGAUGAUCGAAGAUCAGUAUCGCGAGAUACUUAGAGAUGUUACAGCGGCGGAGUUUGAUUUGAUUUUCGGCACAAUGAGGUCUAUGGAAUGUUAUAAAAGUGUGAAAGGGAGAUUGUCGCUGUACAAUAUUGUUGUAGAACAGAUUGACAUUGAACAGCGGCUACUAGUCAACGAUGUGCAGAGAUGUGACCAGGUUUUAUACUUUGCUGAAAGAACACAAGUCCUUCUUUCAGGGAAUUGUCGCAGUACAGAUCUGGUAAAUUUUCUGAUAUCAAGCUUGCGAGAUUUCCGAAAGAGUUUUCCUGGACUACGAAAUCGCUACCUUCGAACAAUUGCAGAUCUCAUGCCUUUUGCGGGGACUCUGGAGGAGUCACAUGUUGUAGAAAUGUUUGUGGAGUUUAUGAUUCUUAUACCUGCUAUGCCAUCAGAAAAUGGAGACAGUGUUGAAAUUAAGCUAGGUAACAAUGAAAAAGGGCCUGAGCAUGAAUUGAAGUUGAAUGAACUUGAGGCGCUGGGAAUUGCUGUUUGUACAGCUUUCAAAAGCAAUAAAGAAGUUUUCCAUAAAAUACGGUCUAAUAGCUUUGAUCUUCAACUUGAGCAAAGUGCUGUCGAGAACUGGCUGAAAAGGAUGCUUUACUUGGCCCGUCUAUUGCAACAGUAUAUUACUGAGGGUAAAAGUGAAUUAAAAAAAAUCGUAGAAACUCCAUCUCCUAAGCAGGACAGCGACAAGCAGAAGACGCUUGAAAAUUCGAUUAAGAAGGCGGAAAAUGUGUUAAAAUUGGCAAAAGACCUUGUACAUACCACGCCAACGUUUGCAUCAGUGCUGCCUAGUUGGAAAGAUACAUCUAGUGCAAAAUCGGCUGCUGUGUAA